AUGGACCCUAUACGCAGUGCCACCCAACAUAUUCACCAGCAUGCCUACGCCCACACUGAGUUACUUAUCCCAAACAUCUUUCCUUCCCUGGAUCGUCGCGUCCUAAUAUCCCCCGCGAGAACUAUUAGAGCGGUUCGAAGAACCGUUCCUUAUAAAACGCCACCUUCUCCUCGUCACAGAUGUUCGUUGUCCCCAGAUCCCAACUUUCGGUCCUUCUGUGAAUCCGCUGGAUGUACCAGCGAUAAUGAAGAAACUAUACCAAUUUUGUCAGGUCGUCGCACAAUCAGUGCUCCAAGGGCAGUACGAUUUGCGGAUCUGUCGACACAGAAUGGUACUUCGGUCCUGCAAGGCAAUGGUAAUCGAUUGGACCCCACCGACAAUCAGAUUUCCAAACCACCCGGAGUUAUGGCUAAACCUGGUCAAGGCGGUUACAGCCUCCGGAUGGAACUGGAUUGGACAAAUGAUCAAUUUGAAUCCGUACAGGUUUGGAUAUUCAUCCAGUUUAUCAUCCCUUCACUGAGAAGCUAUUCAUCACAGAAAUACAUCGGCGAGACUGUCGAAGGAGUACUCGAUGUCACGCAAUCUUUUGAUGAACAAAGCUUGAUGAAUAUCAAACAGAUACAGCAAAUGGCAGUACACAAGUAUCCAUUCCUCAAUGUAUAUCGUAAACAUUGGGUUGUCAACGACUUCAUUAAAUGCCACUUAAACAGCUUGAAGAACAAAACUCAAACUGAACCAACUGCACGGCUUCCAGGAGAUUAUCGCGUCAUUCAGACCAGAGGUCGAAGCAGGAGGAGUAUCAAUACCAAGCUUGUGGGAGCUUUGAAUGAUUAG